UGUGGGAUUGUGGGACGUUGGCUGGGGCCCAGGAAUCCGCAGAAUGCCCCGGCGCUCGGCGGCGUCUUGCAUCAGCCGGCAGAAGUUCGCGCUCGGCCGGGAAAAGGAAUCUGCGGCCCCACUCCGGCGCGUCUUGGGCUGCUGCUCUGGGGCUGAAGUAACCUGCCGUGAUGAUCUCCGCUCCCAGGAUGCCCCUCCUACUGCUGCUGCUCCACAUCCCAAGUGCUGCCAAAGCUCAGGUUAAUCCAGCUGUAUGCCGUUAUCCUCUGGGCAUGUCAGGCGGCCACAUCCCGGAUGAGGACAUCUCCGCUUCCAGCCAGUGGUCUGAAUCCACAGCAGCCAAGUAUGGAAGGCUUGAUUCAGAAGAGGGUGAUGGGGCUUGGUGUCCAGAGAUCCCAGUUGAGCCGGAUGACCUCAAGGAGUUCCUUCAGAUUGAUCUGCACGCCCUGCACUUUAUCACCCUGGUGGGGACCCAGGGGCGACACGCUGGCGGCCAUGGCAAUGAGUUUGCACCAAUGUACAAGAUCAAUUACAGCCGGGAUGGCACCCGGUGGAUUUCCUGGAGGAACCGGCAUGGGAAGCAGGUGCUGGAUGGAAACACCAACCCUUAUGAUAUUGUCCUCAAGGACCUGGAGCCUCCCAUCAUAGCUCGCUUCAUACGCUUUAUUCCCAUCACCGACCACUCCAUGAAUGUAUGCUUGCGAGUGGAGCUCUACGGCUGCACGUGGCUAGAUGGGCUGGUUUCCUACAACGCACCUGCUGGACAACAGUUCGUCCUUCCCAGCGGCACAGUCAUUUACCUCAACGAUUCCGUGUAUGAUGGCGCUUUUGGCUACAGCAUGACUGAGGGACUGGGCCAGCUAACGGACGGUGUUUCUGGCCUGGAUGACUUCACACAGACCCAUGAGUACCACAUGUGGCCCGGCUAUGACUACGUAGGGUGGCGCAAUGAAAGCGCUGCUGGGGGCUACAUUGAAAUCAUGUUCGAAUUUGAUCGGAUCAGAAACUUCACCACCAUGAAGGUGCACUGCAACAACAUGUUUGCCAAGGGGGUGAAGAUCUUCAAGGAGGUUCAGUGCUAUUUCCGCUCCGAUGCCAAUGAAUGGGAGCCCAACACCAUCUCCUCAGUGCUGGUGCUGGAUGACGUCAACCCCAGUGCGCGGUUCGUCACUGUGCCCUUGCUUCAUCGCAUGGCCAGCGCCAUCAAGUGCCAGUAUUACUUUGCUGACACCUGGAUGAUGUUCAGUGAGAUUACAUUCCAGUCAGAUGCAGCCAUGUACAACAACUCUGGAGCCCCUCCUGAGUCACCCAUAGCACCCACCACUUACGAUCCAACCCUCAAGGUGGAUGACAGCAACACACGCAUCCUGAUUGGCUGCCUGGUGGCAAUCAUCUUCAUCCUGGUGGCCAUCAUUGUCAUCAUCCUGUGGAGGCAGUUCUGGCAAAAGAUGCUGGAGAAGGCGUCUCGUCGGAUGCUGGAUGAUGAAAUGACCGUCAGCCUCUCCUUGCCUAGCGAAUCCAGUAUGUUCAACCACAACCACUCCUCCUCGUCCAGUGAGCAGGAGUCCAACUCCACCUAUGACCGUAUCUUCCCCCUGGGCCCAGACUACCAGGAGCCCUCGCGGUUGAUCCGCAAACUGCCAGAGUUUGCCCCAGGAGACGAAGAGGCAGGCUGCAGUGGAGUCCUCAAACCCGCCCAGCCAAGUGGCCCCGAGGGAGUCCCCCAUUACGCGGAGGCUGACAUUGUGAAUCUGCAGGGGGUUACAGGCAGCAACACCUACUCUGUGCCUGCCAUCACUAUGGACCUGCUCUCUGGCAAGGAUGUGGCUGUGGAAGAGUUCCCUAGGAAACUGCUAACCUUCAAGGAGAAGCUUGGAGAAGGCCAGUUUGGGGAGGUUCAUCUCUGCGAAGUGGAGGGGAUGGAAAAGUUCAUGGACAAAGAUUUUGCUUUGGAUGUCAGCUCCAACCAACCUGUCCUGGUGGCUGUGAAAAUGCUGCGAGCAGAUGCCAACAAGAAUGCCAGGAAUGACUUUCUGAAGGAGAUUAAGAUUAUGUCACGGCUCAAGGACCCCAAUAUCAUCCGGCUGCUGGCAGUGUGCAUCACUGACGACCCUCUCUGCAUGAUUACCGAGUACAUGGAGAACGGAGACCUCAACCAGUUCCUAUCCCGCCAUGAGCCCCAUCUCCCCCCUGCCAGCAAUGGAUCCAUUGUCAGUUACACUGACCUGAAGUUCAUGGCCACUCAGAUUGCCUCUGGCAUGAAGUACCUGUCCUCUCUGAAUUUUGUGCAUCGGGACCUGGCCACACGCAACUGCUUGGUGGGUAAGAACUACACCAUCAAAAUAGCAGACUUCGGCAUGAGCAGGAACCUGUACAGUGGAGACUACUACCGAAUCCAGGGGCGGGCCGUGCUUCCUAUUCGUUGGAUGUCCUGGGAAAGUAUUUUAUUAGGCAAAUUCACUACAGCCAGUGAUGUCUGGGCUUUUGGGGUGACACUAUGGGAGACCUUCACUUUUUGCCGAGAGCAGCCAUAUUCCCAGCUGUCAGAUGAACAGGUCAUUGAGAAUACUGGAGAAUUCUUCAGGGAUCAGGGGCGGCAGACAUACCUUCCCCAGCCUGCUCUCUGCCCUGAUCCUGUCUACAAGCUAAUGCUCAGCUGCUGGAGACGAGACACGAAAGAUCGCCCCUCCUUCCAGGAAAUUCACCGCCUCCUCCAACCACCAGCCAGCGAAGAGUGACACUUUGCUUCCCUCACAUGUCCUGGUCCUCAUCCCACCCCAGAAGAUCCACCUGUAAAAACUGAAGCCACUUCACCUGGACUCACAACAAAACCUGGGCAGUGGUGCUUCUUCUACUGCACAUUAAACAAUCACCAUAAGCGGAGAAAAAAGUGAGAAGGAACCAAGCCUAGAUCAGACCAAAUCCAUAGCUCAUAUGACAAGCUAACUCUGGAAUGACAAAGGAUGAACAAGGGUUACUGAUAGAUGUGGCAUGUUCCUGUUUAUCAGUGGAUUCAGUCAAAGAGGAUUCUGUUUUCCCAUUUUGGAAGGGGAAAUGUAAGGUCCAUAUUCUCCAUGAGGAGGCUCCUUGUGCAGGGAGCGUGUGCUGGAAUGCAUCUGUGGAUGGGAGCACACACCAGGAAAGUGCCUGGUAAAAGGAGGGUAGUUGGGGGAUGUGCCUAGUGCAGGGAAUGCAGGUAAGGAACACAGUAAUGCAGGAGUUGCCACUAAAGCAGAGUGGGCUGUGCAAUUACAAAGUGAAAACUGAACCUGUCUGGACACUUUUAGGUUUCAGACAGGCUCAACGGAUUUAGCAUUCGCCUGGUUAGGAUUCCUCCCAUCCUUGCUUGGUUAUAGCCCUUUAGACAGGAGAAAGCCCAAACACAUUGUGUAGUACAAUAUGCCAGCUGCUGGGCUGGAAUGUGCAUUCUGCUUGGUAGGUGAACAUUCCCACUGCAAUGGAGGCAUUGCUUUCUGAGGAGCAUAUGGUUUACUGCAUCUGCUGCAGGACCAAUGAGGAAUGACAAGCCACCCAUCUAGAGGACAGCAGAAGUGCCCUCCUUUGAUCCAGGCAUGGCCUCUUGAGAGGGCCUUAUGUCCUUGAGAAAUGCAUUCUGCAUCUGCUGUUCAUGUUGUCAAGGUAGGGAAAUCCUACAGCUACCAGAUUAGUGGGGUAGGUGCUAGCUCUGCAUUUCCUGAGAAUCAGAGUUAGAGAGAUAUUUUAGAUCAAACAUUUAAUUUCAAAGGGUAGUGGCCAUAAUCACCCAGUUCCCUCCCCAUGUAUAACCCCCCUUCUUGAGCUUUAAUAAGUAAAGGAACAGGAUGUUGCACUGCUCUGGACAUCCGCCAGCACCGAGGGCUGCCACUAGCACUCACUCCUGCUUGUAGUAACCUUGAGCACCAUGAUAACAUUGUUUGUUGUGAAUAUAAUGCGUGGAGUUACCACUAAUGAUAGCUCCUCUCCUACCUACCCCAUCUUGACACAGAAGCUCUCUUGGCAUGUAAUGUUCUAUUCUAGGGCUUGGUCUGACCCCCAGCUGUGGUCUGGCAGGAUUUCCAGCCAAAAGUACUUGGGACCAAUCUAGCCAUGGUUGGAGCUUCUGUGAGAAUGAAUGUGCUCCCCUGGCAUCCCCUAGAUUUGGCUGCUGCAUGCAUGAAUGAUUUGGGCAGUGUCCCUACUGGUCCUGUUUGCUCUGUCAGUUUCCAGUCAAUGUACACAAAGGGGCUUGCUGAUGCAAUGGGUGUGAAAUUGAGACCCUUACAGUAUGGAAUACACCUUUGUUCCCUACAAAGAUGCCUGUUGUUUGCAUACACAUCAGCCCUUGAAAUUCAACAGGGAACACAGUUGGUCUGAUAUGCUCAUCCUGAGAUACGCAAACCCAUAGCACUGUUUCCAGUAUACUAUAACCUAGCAUGGACAGGGCAUGCGUAUACGGGCGCUGUGCCUGUGCUAAGUGAGCAAACCAUUGCAGGGACAUGGGCUGUGUGAAAUAGUUGGCUGCCUCACUCAUCCUGACAGCAGCUGGUAUGUCAACACAGCAGCUCUAUUUGCAUCAGAACCACCUUGGCUAUCACCACCUAGCAAGACUUACAAUUGCAGUUGUACCAGUUGCCAAGGUGGCUGGAAUGACUCAUGAACGUGGGUGCCAACCUCAGGGCAGGCUGUUAAGAAACGAGGCACGAACCCCAAACUGGUUGUAUGUUCUGUACUUAGAUUUCACCAACCAAGUAACAAGUGUGAACUCCUCAACCAUUGUAACAGCCUUAACGUGGCUCAGGCACUCAGGGAUGUCUUAUCACCCAGACAAGCCUGCCUCUGUGAUAGAUGGUCCCUUACACCAAAAAUCACAGCAAUAUUCAGGUUAUACAAGUCCCAAAGUACCACUCACUUAGCCCAGGUCAAGUGCACCCUAGAUUUCUCACUAAAGACAAUGUUUGUAGUCAAUCCUGUAAUAAACUACCGAAAGGUUUAUUAAAAGAAAUAAGAGUUAUUUACGGGGUUAAAGCAGGUGCCAAAAGAUUAUGAUAGCUGCUAUAAUCUGCAAGCUUUAUAUGUUCUUUGCUUAUGUUUAGGAAUCUUUGCCCCUCAAAGUCCACAAAGCAUUUUUAUUCCCUUUGCCCCUGAGUUCAAACUGAUGGGACAAACAUUUGUGCACGUCACCUCUUCAUGGGUGUGGGGGGAGAAAUCAACAAGUUUUUUGUCCACAGUGGCUUGUCUUGUGUCUGUAGAUCUUUUGUUGGGCAGGAGAUGACACUUCUUGUGGUACACUAGUAUUUCACACUUUGGUAAUGCUUCUCUCCUGACGGUGGUGGGCGUAUCCCAGUUUCAUAGCAAACGCUUUCAUAGUUACAGAACAAAUACCUUAUAUUACCUUAUAACAUGGGAUACAGAUAUUAUAAGUGGAAUAAUACAUGCAGCAUCCUACAAGCAUUUCAUAAAGUAUAAACUAAACACAUUCUGAUAACUCUAAUAUCUGUUUUAACCAUACUAACAUACAGGUGAGCCAGACUGGUUUUCAACUCUGUAUUUGUCAGUGUUCAGUGAGGCCUGGGCACUCGCCAUGAGCUGGCACCUGGUCUGCCAGUGUUACACUCUUACUUUCUAGGAUUCCUCUGGGGGCUCACAAUGUUGCUGGGAGUGUGGGUAAUUUCCCUGAGUGAAAUUAUGCAUUUUGGGGUGGAGUGGGGAGGAUGGGCUGAACCUGGGCACGUUCAGUGCUUGUGCAUUCCCAACUACACAGGGAUCCAAAUAUUGCAGACUGCAGUGGUGCAGCCAACGCUAAGCUAACAGCUUCAUGCCAGACACUGCAAACAGCUAGUAGAACCACCACUUGGGAUGGCUGUUGUUUGCAGUCCUAAGCUGUUGCAAGCUUAAUGCAUUCCAAGCAACAGUUAGUGGUGACAUAUUCUUAGCUAGUAUAGACUGGCCUUUGUGCAUGAUGAUGGGAGGAGACAGGUUCUGAGCCUAUACAUAAAAAGCACUCAGCGCUAUAUUCUGUUUAUUUUUCUCCAUACAAAUAGUAAGUACCAUCAAAGAAAUGAUAGGAAAAUAAUUCAAAUUGCAUCAAGAGCAGAAUUGUCAUUCCUGUAUUCCCUGAAAUUCAAAAAAAAUAGAGAAGUUCCUUAGCACUUUUCUUUCCUAUGAAAAUGAAAUCUGUCAUUCAGUCAUAGCUGCGAUCCCAGGCCCCAUGGCCAUAAGAUCAGUCUCUGCGCACAAAGCACUUCCAGUCUUGGGCAGGUUAAGGCAAAUGGCAAAGCUUUAGUCAUGCUAAAAGCUGUUUAAUCUCUCCCAUGAAAAGGACCUUUCUGGAAUCUCUGAUCAGCAUGGGACUGAGACUAGGCUCAGGAAUGACAAAGGGUGAGACUUAACGGAUUUCUUUCAAAGGCUAAUUUGAUUUGCUGGGUCCUGAGUUCUAGCAGGGUUUCCCUGCAAGGAUUGGUCACCCUAAACUACUAACAUAGAGUAUUUUCUUUCAUUGCUUAGGUGUUCACAGUUUUCAUCAAAAACCUCCCUCAUUUUGGUGCCAGACACGACCCAGAGUGUCCUAGCCCCCUUCUAUAUUGUAGGAACUAUCGUUUAAAAAUCAUGCUUAAGCACAGUUUAAAUGUGAUUGUAGCCAAAUUGGAUUCUAACAUGAUUUGGUUGGUCAGGUAACAUAGGCAGGGCCCUUCCUAGGCUAGGGAAUGGAGGUGUUACCCUGAAAGUUGGAUUUGGGCACCCCUAGAAUAACCUGCUUAUCACCCCCUUACUCUAUGCCUCCCAAGGUCUGAGUUUCCAAGGCCGUUAAGGAAAACACUAAAGGACACAGAUAUAACCUUCCGAUUAAAUGAUUUUAUUAAGAUAACUAAUAAUCCCUGCUACAGGGUAUUCUAAGAAUAAAAAUCAGAGACAAAUCCCUUGUUGCAAGUUGAAGGGAAUUUAAACUGCAGUAGUAUACAGUCUAAAUCAGGGGUGCGCAAACUUUUUGGCCUGAGGGUCACAUUAGGGUUCCAAAACUGUAUGGCGGGCCGGGUAGGGAAGGCUGUGCCUCCCCAAACAGCCUGGCCCCUGCCCUCUAUUCGUCCCCUCCCACUUCCCGCCCCCUGACUGUCCCCUUCAGAACCUCCGACCCAUCCAACCCCCCUCCUCUUUGUCCCCUGACCUCCCCUCCCCGCUCCCUGUCCCUUCAUUGCCCCGACCACUAACCACACACCCACUCCCUGACAGGCCCCCCAGGACUCCCAUGACUAUCCAACCGCUCCCUGUUCUCUGUCCCCUGACUGCGCCCCCCCGAACCUCCACCCCAUCCAAUUGCCCCCUGCUCACUGUCCCCUGACUGCCGCCCGGGAUCCCCUGCCCCCUAUCCAAGCCUCCCCCCCAGCUCCCUGCCCCCUUAUCAUGCUGCUCAGAGCACCAGGAUUGGCAGCCGUAAGUAGUGCAUUCCUAUGGGGAGCAAUUUAAUACACAACACCGGUGGCUCUCGCAGGAGCUCGCAGCCCCACCACCCAGAGUCCUGGCAGCACGGCAAGAUGAGGCUGUGGGGGAGGGGGGCUAAGCUCCCCAGCCGGGAGCUCAAGGGCCGCGCAGGACGGUCCCGUGGGCCGCAUGUGGUCCGCAGGCUGUAGUUUGCCCACCUCUGGUAUAAAUGAUGCACUCUGCCACAGAUGGCCAGUCUGUGACAGAUCAAUGACAGCAGUUCUUAAUUUACACUUUACAUUUUACAUAGGUAAAUUACAAUGAAAACACAUACACACGUCUUAAGCAUAUACAUACUAAUACUAAACUACACUUAUGCUCUACUAUAAUUAAAACUAACAGGCCUACACUACUGAGUCCACUGUGCUGUCAGAUGCUGCUGGGUCACCUCUGGUUACCUGCCAGUUUAGAAUGUUCCUUUGAAAUUCUCUCUCUCCUUCUCUCUAUCUAGCAGUCCUUCCAGCAGAUCUUCUCGCUGGCUCCUGACUUUGCCUGCUGAUCGUCUCCCUUUUAUACUGUCCUAUCCAAACUUUCUUUUGUACUAUUUAUUUUUAACCUCUGCUGAGCGUGCUCAUCAUCAAACAUUCCCUCAUCCUUAGCUACCAGGAGAAGUAGCCCCAAGCUAGCCCAGACUGGCGCUGCUUGACUGUUCCUUACCCUUAUACUGCACAUGCUCACUUGCAUUAUUUCUACCUUAGAGACACAAUCACUUCAUUCGACCUUAGUGCCCAGACUCCAGAUCUAGCCUACUUUGUGGCCAUAUCUCAUUUUACUCUCAGGUCUGGUCAUGUGACUUACAAUGUUCAAUGGUAAAUGACCUGCAGCAUACAGUUGGUGAAGUGACACUUGCUUAUUCCAGAGGGAAGCCAGAGACACCGAAUGGGGGGUAGGAAUACAAAAUGGAAUCUCGGGGAAUUUUUUGGUAUCAAAGAAUUCAGGAAGUUUCCUCCCAUCCUCACUGGCUCACCAAUCUGUGUUAGAGCCCCACUCACAUCAUUUAAAUGGUGCUGAGGCCUGAAUUGUAAACUCUGCUUUACAUUAGUGUAGCCGGGCCUCAGCUCUAAGUAACUCAGGGACUAGGAAAGAUUUGCAAACACUGCUUUUAAGUGUGACUGCUCUCCCGUCACUGAGCCAAUUCCUCCAGCAGCUUCUGCUCUACAAAUCAAACUCAGUGAUCUAGUGAGGUGCUCUCACAGCAGAGACAAGAGGCUGUGAGAUCUCUUCCUGCAUGUGACUCCUGGGAAUGGAGGGAAGGGAAUCCGAGCAGAGGACAGCAUCUGAACCAAGUGCAAGGAGGACAAGGACCUGUGGGGGUGAAUGUAGUAAGUGCUGGCACCAGUCAGCCGUGGAGAAUCAUCCCAUGAAGAGAUGGGGAGGCCAACAGUGGGAGUUGAAGGCAAUAGGCAUGUGCAAAAAGGUCCUAUAGUGAGAGUGGCUGGACAGAUUAGAAAGGGAUGUGACAAAGGGAAAGAGGAGAGAUGGACAUGAUGGAGGGAGGACGAUGCAGAAAAGAUGGUGGAGGAUCAGUGGCAGGAAGAAGGAGGAGGGAUGGUCCAAUGUUUAGGGCAAUAGCCUGGGAGUCAGGAGACUAGAGCACAACAGGAUCCAUCUAGUUCAGGAUCCUGUCUCCAGGUGGGGCCAGUACCAGCUGCUUCAGAGGAAGGUGCAAGGAACAUGGAGUUGGACAUGUCACCUUUACCAAAGCGCUCUGGCCCCAUGUACAGCAAAUGUAUGGUUUGGCACAACCCUUCUCAAGAACCAAGGGAUUGUGGGACUGGUAGUCGGGAAGAGGGGGAGGGGCACGGGCACAUGGGAAUUGUAGUGGGGCUGCAGUGUAUGCUGGGAAAGGGAAAUAAAGGAGUUCUGUAUUGCCCAGGGUGGGGGGAUGGAUGGCUUGUGUUGUGCUGGGGUUUGGAGUAGAUGCUCAUAGUGGUCUCUUCUGGCCUUACGAUCUCUGGGUUCAAACUUGUGUGGGCCUUGCCACAGAGAGAAAGAAAGAAACAUGGAGAACACAGAAAUGGCUGGUGGGUCUCUGGGACAGAGUGGAGGCCGUGGCUAAAGGUGAGAGGGAGGUACCCCAGGACAAGGGAGUUCAUUUACCUGAGAGUUUGUUCAGAGAGCUUUUCAGAGGGUGAAGAAAUCGAUGCUGAACAUUGGCACAGGGCUUGAAGGAAGCCUAGGGUGAGCAUCUGCUUCUUGUCAUGCUGUUGUGGAGGGCUUUGUGGGUCAGGGUGGGAGAAAGUCUCCCCUUAUUUCACUGUGUCAAGAGUAGGAGAUAGCUGAGACCUGAGGGAAGGCUGUGGCUCCAUGCAGGUGCAGUUAGCUUACUGGAGCUCUUGGUAUUUGGACUCUCAUUGAACUUGUUUGCUCUAGAAGGGCUGGUGUUUUCCUAACUUAGAAGCAGAGCUAAGUUAAACUAUUCAACCAGGUGAGAGAGAAGUCAAGGCAGAGUUGGAAGGGGAAACUGAGGCAAUUGCUGUAUCACCAGGUGUGAUAAAAGCAGGUGGUAUAGAGCAAUUCUGGACAUGGACUGGAGAAAUUCACAGUGAAACCAGUGGAAACUCCUUAAUCUUCCACUCCCCUCUGUAAAACAAGCAGUCGCACUGGUUUAACACCAUACGGUUAAAUGGCUACAAGUCUGUGUGUAGGAGAAAUACAUAAGGAGGGUAACUUGGGAGUACUUACAUUUACCACCAAGUGACAAUAAGGUCCCACAAAGGAGUUGGCUGAUGAAGAUGCUCCGGCGGCCUGCAGGGCACCCUUCUACCUCUAUUUGAGUCCAUAUGGCUGAAAUCUGGUUUGCUUACAUGCCUCUGUGCACAGGGCACGUGAACUGUUUUCAUUCUGGUUUGGUAGGAUUGUACAUCCACUUAGCACUCACUUAGCAGGCAUGUGAUGACCACACAUCCUAGUGGUUGUCUCCAGGGCAGUCAGGCCCAGCUCAGAUGAACUUGAAGGCAAUGACAGCAGACUUAACCUAGUUUGUGUGACUUUUGUUUCUUCACACAAACUUGCACCGAAAUAGCCUGUCCGUUUCAGUUCACACCUUUCUGAUCAACUUCAGCAAAUUCUAACAAGACACUUUUCUUUUGAAAUAUGAAUGUUCCCACAGUGACCUGCCACGAAAUAACAGAAGAUGUAAAUUAAAAGCCUUUGGAUUAUUUUGGUGCAAGUUUGUGGGGAGAUCAGUCUUGGCUGUGAUAGAGAAGGGGGAGCCAGUGGAUGGUGCAGAGAAGGAAUUGAUAACAGAUUGGUGGGCCACUAGGUGUGGGAUGGGUUGGUGUGGGGUCAGAGGAGGAGGUUUUAACAGGCAUCAGGUUUAAAACAAACAAAAGGAAGUAUUUUUUCACACAACACAGUCAACCUGUGGAACUCCUUGCCAGAGGAUGUUGUGAAGGCCAAGACUAUAACAGGAUUAAAAAAAGAACUAGGUAAGUUCAUGAGGGAUCAUUGGCUCAUCAAUCAAUCAUCAGUGGUGUCAAGGCUGAUUCCCUACUCUGGCACUUUGAGUGCAGAAGGUGGGGGGCCCGCAAGGAUUAUAAAAAUGAAUACUGGCCAUUCCAGGCUUGUAUUAAACUCCCAACAUUACAGCUUCUCUCUAACCUUGGAUGGGUAGAUGCUGCCAAUACCCAAAUGCAAAAAAACCCCUUUUGAGAAUCCAGAAAGGAGCACUUGGGAAUUCCUUCCUGUGGGGUACCCUCAAACCCCUUCACUCCCACUCCAGGGAAGAGCUGAGAAAGAAAAACAAAGGAAAUCAGCUGUUGCCCCCAGCUAAUUAAACAACAUGCACAAACCUCUUAGGGACAUAAAAAUUCAAUCCUGUUCUUAAGAAAGGUAAAUUUUAUUAAAAACAAAAGGAAAGAAAAUACAUCUGGAAGUUAGGCUUUUUGCUAGAUUGAAAAAAACCAAACCACAAAAAUUAAGCAUCAAGAUAGCUCUCUUGAGGUUCAACUUAAAGGUUACAAGCAAAACAAAAGCACCUGGGGUUAGCACAGGGGAGUCCACAAGCCAGUAAGAAAUAAAAGAAAUAACCCUAAUCGUGUCUUCCUAGACCUUCCCUGACUUACUUAUAUAUCUGGGGUUUCAGAUAAGCAAUUUCUAGGUAUGAUCUGAUGGUUCUUCAUACCUGGCUUAAAGCUUCUUACAUCAUAGUUCAGCCCUGUUUCUGUUCUGCAUCUCCUCUCUCCAGUGAACAACAGACAGACAGACAAAGGGAAAGUUUUUUUUCCAGUUUUAAAAAGUUCUAGCCCUCCCAUUGGCUCUUUUAGUCAGGUGCCCACUCCCUUCUUUUUACCUAUGGGCUUUUUAAACUCUUUACAGGUAAAGCAAGUAGAGAACAGCUACCAAGAGGGAUUUUAUAGCUAACUGGCUGGCUGGUUGUCCAUAAAAGGAAACUUCCCCCACCCCUUCAUUUAUCACAAAUGGCUAUCAGCCAGGAUGGUCAGGGAUGAUGUCCCUACCCUCUGUUUGCCAGAAGCUGGGAAUGGGCGGCAGGGGAUGGAUCACUUGAUGAUUACCUGUUCUGUUCAUUCCCUUCUGGCAUUGGCCACUGUUGGAAGACAGGAUACUGGGCUAGAUGAACCUUUGGUCUGACCCAAUAUGGCCGUUCUUAUGUUAUAGUAUUCAGAAAGGGCUGGACAGAAGGGAAAGCUUGGUUCUGCAAACCAUAUGCCCAAGGCGCUGGAAUCCACUCAAUGUCUGUUCCUCACCUCAACACAUGCACAGCUGUGAAACAAACCCAAACACAAGACAAAUGUUAUAUCAGAACUCUUACCACAUCUGAUGACUCCCUUUUUUACAGCUAUCUGCAUCACAGACUGAUGAAGGUAAAGAUAGGGCCCACAAUGGAACUAUGAUUCCAAAUCUGCUGUGGAAUUCAAACUCUGCAGCCUGGAACCAUCUCUGAGCAGGGCAUUGCAUUUGGUUUCAGCAAGCUAGAUAUCUUUAGUUUUACAGGCACUUAAAAAAAAUCAACCAAAGAGAGGGAACAAAAUCAUGUUGGAGUUUGCUUUCAGAAAGCCAAGCUGGGCUUUUUUUUGGUCCAGUUUUGGAAAAAGGAGCUCAUCUGCAGAGCUGUAUUCAAGAGCAAAGCUUGCCAACAGAGCUGAAAAAUUCUGACCAGCAGAGUACUGUGUCCAAUUUUGGUCACCAAUGUAUAGAAAGGAUGUAGAGAAACUGGAAAGGAUCCAGAGGUGAGCGACAAAGAUGAUCCAAGGGAUGGAAUGCAAAGGCUGAGCAGAGGCUGAACGAACUGGCUAUGUUUAGUUUGGAAAAGAGGAGAUUAAGGGGGAUAUGACAGCAGUCCUCAAAUACUUAAAAGGCUGCCAUAAAAAAGAUGGAGAAAAGUUGUUCUCUCUUGCCACAGAGGGCCGGACAAGAGGCAAUGGGUUCAAACUACAGCACAGCAGAUUUAGAUUAAAUCCCAGGAAAAACUUCCUAGCUGUACGAACAGUCGGACAAUAGAACAGACUUCCUGUGGAAGCUCCUUCACUGGAGGUUUUCAAAAGGAGGCUGGAGAGCCACCUGUCCUGGAUGGGUUAGACCCAACAAAUCCUGCACCUUGGAUGGGGGUUAGUGAUGUAGAAUUCAAACCCUUGCAACUGCCUCCAGUACUGGUUUCACUGUCAGAGCCAGGUCAGGUCCCAUGCUUAGAUGCAUAGAUUUAGAUGUGUACAGUUGUUUCCAUUCACACCAAUAAGAUGUUGGCAAAUUAAACGACAUUUUUUUCCCCCUCUGGUGUUUCUCUCGCAGCUCAGACCAACUCUUCUAGAAAAUAGAUAAAGUUAAAGCAGCUAAUUAGGAAACUGUCCAGUUACUUCUGCCCCAAACUGACCUCCAUCAUCUUUAAAUUGCUGGAGAAUGUCUCAAUUCUAAAUGAGUAUCAUAAUGAAUUUGCUAGUAUGUAUGUGUCACCACUGCCCUCGGCUGCCUAGAAUCAAAACCGAUUCACUAUGUGUCAUAUACUUGACACUGCUGAAAGUUAAUGGAGACUCUCCAGUAGCUCCAAUAACAGGGAGUCUGACUUUUUCUCCUCUCCUACCCCCCGUCAAAUGGUAGGGUCUGAGUUCUGUUCCCAUCAAGCUGCAGGAGACCAGGGUUUGCAGCAAGGUGACUACUGUAAUGUGCUAAGUAGCCAUGAACUUGUUACAGGAUCAACAAUACGCUGAGCUAUUUGCAAAAUAUUAAUAUGAAAACAAGCAGACCCUCUGUGUCAGACUGACCUAGCCCAAGCAAUGUUUGGGGCUCCCUUUGCUGCAGCAGUCAUGAAGUAGCAAACAUUGGACUCCAAUCAUCACUUAUGGACUAAGAUUUUUAAAAAUGGCUUGUCACACUUGAGUUCCUAAAUCCAUUCUGGUCACCUAAAGUAGUGGAUGGAUUUUUUCCCCACAAAGUGUCAAGGACCCAGCAGCAAUCACUGAAAUCAGUGGAACUGCUGGCUGCAGUGUAGCAUUUCUCAAAACCAGACCACUUCUUUAGGCACCUAAAUAUGGAUUUAAGGUACUAACUUUAGCCCCCUCUCCCCUUUCAUAAAAAAUCUUGGCCAUUGAAGUCAUGGCAAAACUCCAUGACAAGAGAAUUGGGCCCAACAUUGAAAAGUUGUGCUAUGCUAUCACCAGCAAUAUUGGUGCAUUUUCAA